GGGACGGACCGGCCGGGCCCCUGCUGCCUUCCAUCCUUUCUAAGAUGAGGAAGUGCAAAAACGGGAAGCCCCAAAACAGAACUGCUGAGUGUCCACUACGCCCUUUGGCUUCCGCUGCUGCUUCUGCUCCGGGUGGGUCGCCCUCCGGGCAGCCCUGCCAGCCCCUCCACGGGAGCCCUGAAGCGGUGCGAGGAGAGAAGCGGGAGCGACCCAGAACACCCGUUGCCUCUACUCCUAACUUACUCCACGGCUACAGCUACUCCUCUUCCAACUCCGCCCCGGGCCUUUCUGGGUUUUUCCUGUGUGGGGCGGACCGGCCGGGCCCCUGCUGCCUUCGCUGCGUCCCAACACCGACGGAGGAAAGUCUAGAAAGAGGCGCCCCGGGUGCAGCACACAGCCGAAAGACCGCCGCUCGGUCCCGCCACCCGCCCUUCCCCCUCCGACGGAAGAAGGCACAGACCCCAACCCCACCGCGCGCGGACCGGGAGACCGGGGCAUUUAACGAGUUUUCCCGCGCGACGGCCCACCCGGAGAUCUCCUGCACGCCGGGGAGAGAGCAGGCUGGCGUGGGAGACGGGGGGGGGGCUCUGUCCAGCCUCUCCCUGGGAAGGAUGCGUCCAAGGAUUCCUGCCAUCGCUGUGGCCCUGGGGGAAAAGGGGGACAAGGCCAGUUUUGGGUGCCCAAGAGGCGCUCUGCGUGUCUGUGUCUUCCGAGUGGACUGGAGCCGUCGCUUGAGUUCUCUUCUCCGUCCUCCGGCUCCGACACUGUGA